AUGCGCAUGAAAAGCAACAAAUAUGGUGGUAAACUCCCGGAAGCAACACAUUUAGAAAAUUUAUUUAUUUAAAUUAUUGUUACCAAGGGCUUAAAUUAAAUUUAAAGUAUUAAGAAAAAAGGUAAGUUGUGAUUAGGGAAUAUUAAUUUUAAAAUCAUCAUAUGAUAAUAGUUUUAUCGACUUCAUACAACUAGGCUAUCCAUUGCAAUUCGAGUGAGCCGACGCCGACAGAUUUUCACAUUUUUUUCCCCCAAUAUCACUUGUUGGACUUGAUUUUGAUUUGAGAUGUGACACUGCUGAUGAUGGUUACUUUCACUGACUUUUAGUUCUUAGAGUUAGUGAUAAGCAUAGGCCCAUUUGUUUCUAGCAAGUUAUUUAUAUAUAAUUAUUGUUGGCAGUGACAUGAUGAUUAGUAAAAAAACACAUUAACAAUUAGCCUACAUUACAACUUACAUUCUACAUUCUGAUUCUCAUUCAGUUCAUUCACUGAUACUGAUGUCAUAUAUGAUAUAUGAGGUACGAUAUAUGAUACUCAUACUGUCAUACUUAUUGACAGCUUGUGGUUGCGGUUGGGUCAUUCAUUGUUAACUGAAUAUUUCUUGGAUACAUUUAUUCUUGAUUUCAAAUCACUGCACACUGAUAGCGAAAUUUUGGUUGCAAUUUAACACAUCGACAUCAGUGUUAGUACUGUUAGCGGCAGGGCUGUGGAUGUCUUCCACGGUCAUGGUAUAUAGCAUAUAGGUGAUGGAGGUUCACCAUGUCAGCUACCAGCCAUAGUUCCGUUUUUCAAAAGAUUAUGAAAUUUAGCUCUGUAUUUAUUGAAAUAAUUUUUUUUUUCCUCUUUUUUUUAAAAAAAAUUAUUGUAUUGAAAUCGGUGGAAGGGUUGGGAUGGGGGUCUCUCUUCCCAGAAUUUAUGUUGUAAUGCCCCAUUAAAUUGCGACACAGACACAACUUAAGUGUUAUUACUCAUGUCAAAAAAAGGGGAAAGGUGUGUUUACUACACAACAGUAUCAAGCCUGAUUUUAUUACAAGAAGACAGAACCAUUUAAAAUGCAAAGAAUAAUUUUGGCUUUACAUAUAAAUGAAUUUGUCCCUUGCAGGCUAAACCGACAACUGGUGGGUUUCUAUAUAGAUCAAGAGGGGCUACAGAGUAGCCUUUUAUGAUCCGUUUGACUGAUAGGUUUCUUUUUUGUCUAAAGAAUGUAUGAAUGUGCUCCUUAUUUUUGCGGGACACACCUACACCUUGCAUGUUAAUAACUACUGUGUUGCAACACACAGUUUGGAAAGCACUGCUAAUGCCUAUGUCAUAGCAUCUCCCAUUUAUGUUAAUUUUUAAGUUCAUGAUUAUAUUUGUUAAUUGUAUGUACAGCGUGGUGAUCACAGCCCUAGACUGGGGUACCGCACUAUAUAAAACCACUAAUAAAAACAAUAAUAAUAAUAAUAAUUUGACUCAUCAACCUCGUAAAGGCCUUUUAGGUAUACAAAAGUCUACACAAUGUUAUAUAUAAAUUGUAAAUUAGGGCUAUAUGCCUAUAUUAUUUUACAAAAUAACGUUUUAAAAAUAGGAUGCCUUAUAUGUUUUAAAAAAUAUUUUUAAAUAUCUGAAAAAAAGUAUUUUUACUCAGUAGGCAAAUUGAAAAUUGUUCAAAUUAAUAUUGAUAAAUAAAAAUGAUAAUUAAAGAUGGAUGAUAAAUUUGAUAAAUAAAAAUGAUAAUUAAUGAUGGAUGAUAAAUUUUGAACUUGUAUUUGAGGAAAAAAAAAUUGAGUGAUAUAAAUAAUAAUUAAAAAAAUCAUAUUUAGCAAGACAUUUGUAUUAAAACAUAUUGUUUUAUAUUGGUCUGCUUUUUAUUGUGGAGGGGAGUGUUAAUUGGUCAUUUUGGGAAUUGUAAUAUUGGAUUGAAAAAAUUACCAUUUUACUGAAUUAAAUGCUUCUUGAACAAGUUAAAUUAACAUUUGAAAUAAAUUUGGCGAAUUUUGGUUUUGUGAAAAUAUAUAUCAACUAUACAAUUAUUACAAUUCAUUUAUUAAACUAUUCUAACUUUGAUUAUUUGUUUUUUCACAUUAGAUCAGAGAAGUUUGUAACACUAACAGCAUGGCGUCAAAUGAUGAAGGUAAGCAGAAUAUUUCUGUUCAAAGAAUUACUCAAUAAAAAAUUGUUAAUGUUUAUUUUGCUCUGAUCUUUUCUUAUAUUUUCCAUUUUGUAUAGUGAUCUACCUAAAAUGUAUCCCAGAAGUAAAAGUAAUACAGAAGUAAUUGAAAUAAUUUACAUAAGAAAUUUGGCUGACUAAACUAAUCCUAAAUUUUGGCAUAUUGCACUAAUAGAGGUUGUGAUGACCCCAUCAAAAAAGGGGAAAGUGACACACAUCAAGAUUGAGAGAAAGAAGAAACAGUCUGUCAACCCUGAGGACAUUGUUCAUGUUGCAGGUGGUCAGCAUCAGGGUUUGGUUAUAAACAGGCCAGGUUGGUAUGGAAUAUUUAUUCCUAUGUCAAAAUUAAUUUUUGAAUAUAGUCAAUUUAGACAGAAAUUUAAUGGACAUAUUUCUAUUGCAUUUCUUUUUAUGUUUUGAAUAAUCUUUAAUCUAUUAAUUUUAAUUUACAAACCCCAAACCCCCCCCCCCCCCCACACACACACCCACCAAUUAAGCAACUGUAUAGUUUCAAAAGGGUAAAAUACAAACAACUAAAACUUACAUUUUUUUCAGAUGCUCAAGAUGAAGAUUUGGGGAAACCACAGUUGCAGCUAGGCUUUAUGUGUUUUUUAGUAGAUAUGAAGACUGAUGAGCACUAUGUUGUAAGUACAUUUAUAGAUAAAAAAAUUCUUGAUGAUUUUUCUAUUUUUUUGCUUUGAUUUAAACUUGUUAAUACCAUAUUUGGCAUAUUAAUGGCUUAUGUUAUUUUUAUAUCAUAAUGGCCCAUAAUCCAGUACUAGUCAAAAGUGAGGUCUUAUUACUUGGAGCAGCAUGAAAGCUCAUAGUCACCAAAGUCAGGGGGGGGUUCCAGAUUACUUGGACCAGUCUGAAAGGCCCCAGUUACCAGUCAAUUUAAAAAGUGUGUGGGGUUGGGGGGGGGGGCAGAGAUUUAGAAUUUAGACAAUAAAAAUAAUAAUAUUCAAAUAAUCCUGAUAGCAAUAUAGAUACUUUCUGCUAAUGCAGCACACUGAAAAGUUUGAGAAGUACUGACAUAAAGCAACUCCCGAGCUUUAAACUCACUCUACAUUAUGUGCAGUUUUAUUUUACUUUGUUUUUGUAAGCCAUUUUUUAAAUAAUAAUUCACAGGAAAGUCGAAAAUUGAAGUUCUGGUAUAUUCCUGGUUGUGACUACUAUAAUCAAGUCACAACAGCUUAUGAAUUUUUUAAAGAAUUAGUUAGACCGGAAAAUUUUCCAAGAGGUCAGUAUUUUUUUUUACGCAGCUUAUCAUUUCUAUUUUAAAAAAUAAUAGCACUCUUGCAUUAUCAAACUUGGUUAAAAAAUAAUUGAAUUAUUCAAAUUUUUAAAGCUUUAGGUAUAUAUAUUAUCAACUAAACUGUUGUUAAUUUUUUUCUAUAGAUUAUGUUGGUUUUAUUAAAAAGUGCAUGAAGCAAAUGCAGAGUGAGCGCUACAAAAUGGCACGAAAAGUUGAUCUAGAAGUGGAACAUCUCGACGCAGCAGAUGCUCCAAUGAGCCCAGGUGAGAAAUUUUUCUGUCAAAGCUUCAAGAGAUUUUACUUUUGUGAUACAAAAGCUGAUAAUUGCAAUUUAUGUUCUUUCUAAUGCUUUAAAUGUAGUCAAAUGUUUUAUUGAGGUGAAGGGGUUUCUUCUUGUGCUUUAAAAACAUUUAAGGUUAAUCACUACACUAUGGUUAGUUUUUUAGUACCUCCAAUGACAUAAAAGCUAUUUUGUUUGAUGUUUUAACCCUGAGAUCUGCUGAUCUGAUCUAUCCUUUCUGUUAUUUUCAAUAGAUUCAACAUUUAUUUUAUACAUAUUCAAGUUUAAUAGCUCAUUCAUUUUUAUCCUGGCCAGACUCAAUAAAUGUUUGCUGCCUACCCCUUAUGUGAACUCUUUAAUAAAUAGCUAUGAUUUUGAAAAUAACUUUUUAUUUUAAGAAAUUAUAUUUUCAUACAGUGAUUUAAAUAUUUCAGCCUAUUAACACUUAAAGUUAUAACAAUAAAAGCUAGGUUACUAAUUAUUGCAAGAAAUGUCAUAAGUACACCUCUUUAUGCACUUUCUCAUGUACUUAUUUACCAAAAAUCAUUAGGUAAAACAUAUUGGAUGUUGACCUGAAGAGGAUUUAUAAUAAAUUUAAACAUGUCCAAAAUUCAAAUUAUCUGUGUUACCAAGGUGCUGCCUUAUAGCUAAAAGUCAUAAAUUUCAUCAGAUUAUUUAUUUGAUCGUAUUUACUGCUCAACAUCUUUUUCCCUCAAUCGUUCUAAAAGGGGUAAAUGGUUUUAAUGCAAUUUAUGAUUUUCUUCUUUUAUUUCUUGGCUGCUUUACUUAUAGACUGCCUUAUACCUUUGGAUAAGUUUGGUAGGUGGAGGUGCUUGUUUCAACUUAGUUACCAAAGACAUUACCAUUUGUCUGAGAACCCUUUUAUUUUAAUGCUUUAAAAUUUUGAUUAGUUAAUAGUUAUUGGUUGUAAUUGGUGUGCACACUGGUUGUAAAUUGGUGGGCUCACAUCCAGGAGAUUGUUGACUGGUUUUCAAGCAACUUGCCAUCACUUUAGAAAAAAAUAAAUUAUGCCCCAAUAGAAUGCUAAGUCUGAAAUGAAAGGGUUUACCAACAACAUUGUUUUUGUAGAUGUUCACUCACAUUCUAAUCUUUUCAUGAGCAUUUGUCAUUAUCAUUGUUUACUUCAAUUGUAUUAAUCUUGUUUUUACCUUUAUCUUCUGUAUUUUAUUAACUUUGUUAGUUGUGUUAUUGAUUUGACCUAAUUUUAUAUUUAUUGUAAAAGUAGAACUUCAGCUGAAAACAUCAUUAGGUUUCACUCGCUUUUACUGAGAUAAAUUUAGGAUUUUAUUUUUGUACUAAUGAGGCUGUCACUAAAGAUUGCCUACUGAGAUUGCCAGCAAAGGUUUAAUUCAACUAGACUAUGUUAGUCAGUUUGACUCUAGUUGUGUUUACCUAGCAUAUACUACCGUUUCAUUAGCAUGCAAUACUCUUUAGGAAUAUGUUUGUUUCUUUUUUUCUCAUGAGGGAUUUAGCUGUAGAUAGCUGGCCAUAAAGAGAAUUAUUUACAUUUUGUUUCAACGUGAGCAUGUAACUAAUCUUAGUAUCCAUCAAACUAUGCGUUGGUAUUAUUGCACUUGGCACUUUUUUAAGAUUCAGGAAUCUAAAAACCAGUUGCUUCAUCUAGUAAUUAGAAGAUUUGAUAUGCCAUUAAUUAUUAAUUGGUUAACAUUCAGUUUAUGUAUUGAGUUUAGUGAACUUUGUCUGCCUUUUCUCAAUGAUAUUCAACAUAAUUAUUUCAAUUUAGCAACACCUCUAGUUAUUAUGAUACUAUUUUAAAACUAUUUAAUGACACUCAUUUUGUGUAACAGUUCAGUUUUAAAGAGCACGAAAUAUUUCAGUAACAUUUAAUCAACUUAAAAUGUCUAUUAUCGGGUUAUGUGAUGAUGCUCUAUAGCCCUGUUAUGUUCUUCAUUAAAUGACAGCAAUUAUUUCUGUGUCAAUAUGAUAAAAUUGAUUUUUAAUCAAAACCUGAAAAAAAUAAUGAAAAAAGAUUCAACAUCCUUAAGGUAAAUCAGGUCUCCAUUGUUUGUGGUCUUACAAAGGCAGACCUAAUGAUAAAGUUUAAAUUUCUGAUUGUUUUUUCUCUUCUUCCUCCAUAUCUUACAACUUAUUAAGGAAUUGAAAAUAUGAAUGGCGAGGGUAAGUGUGAUUUGCAGCCAUGUUGUUGUUGCAUCCCUCCCGGCACUGGACCACUGGUGUGUGUAAACUUGUAUAAUAGAUCACUGCAUCAUGUUUUCUCUUUUCUACAGUUAUGUUAACAUUUAUUGAGUAUUUAAAAAUUUGAUUGUGUUCCCAAUUGUUUUGCACUUGAAUGAUUCCUAUACUUUAAAGUACUAGAUCAGGGAUUCUUAACCAGGGGUCCCUGGGUGUGUGUGUGGGGGAGGGGUGGCAAUGCAGGAAGACCCAGAAUUUUUUUAAAGCAAAAACACAAAAUAGUUUUUGAAAAUAAAUCCCCCAAAAAUUAUAACAUUACAUUAUUUUAAAAUAACGUGAAAGUGCACAAAUGUAUUUCCAAAAAUUAUUUAUUACAACUUUCCUGUGUCUUUCAGAGUUAAAUCAAAUAUAUUGCAAAUUAAUUAGAGGCCACAUCUAUAUAUUUAUCCAUUUAAAUCACCUGGCAGCCAUGUUUUAUCCCGUUGGGAGGGGAUGCAGAAAAUGUUUUAAAAUAUAAGUAGAGGUGCAGCCGAGAAAAAGGUUCAGAACCCCUGUGAUAGAUGUUACCAGUGCAGACCUGUUCACUCUUACGAUUUUGGCGUACAAUGUACGAUUUUAAGGUGUAUACAUAUGUAUACUGUAUGUUUAUUAUUUUACUACUAAGAUGUUUUGAACGAUUUUGUGAUGACAUUGUACGAUUUUAAGAGUUUGAGGGUGAACAGGUCUGCCAGUGAUAAACAUUUGAAUGAUUCCCUUACUCUAAAAUACUAGGUGUUAUCAGUGUUUGACAUUUGAAUGAUUCCCUUUAUCUAAAUUACUAGAUGUUACCAAUGUUUUCCAUUUGAAUGAUUCCCUUGAUCUAAAGUACUAGAUGUUACCAGUGUUUUACAUUUGAAUGAUGUCCUUACUCUAAAGCAGGCCUGCACAACAUGCGGGCCGCAUGUGGCCCGCCAGCACCCACUUUGUGGCCCGCGAGGUAUCGAAAAACUCGUUAUUCUUAUUAUUUUCUUAAUAACUUUCCCCCUGACCUAUAUUUUUUGGGCCCUCACAAGUCCUGUCCUAUUUUCUUUUGGCCCGCACACAUUUUUCCUAUUGCAUUAUGGCCCGCCUUACAUUUUGAGUUGUGCAGGCCUACUCUAAAGUAUCGAUGAUACCAGUGUUGAGUACCAGCAGUUUUGAGUAAAUUUCCAUGUAAGUGUGUGUUUGUGGGCUGUAAAAUUUUGCACACAAAAAAAAAUUGGUGCUGUAAAACUUUGCACACAACUGUAUGAUUUUACACACGAACCAACACAUCUUAGAGGGAACAUUGCAUAUUUAUGUUGAUGAAAUUUGAAAGGUUUCUUUUUGUUCCGUAAGUUGUUGUAUCAGGUUCUUCUCUUAAUAAAUCUACUGAGUUAAUGAGAUUUCUGAGUAGAAUCAGACAGUAGCAGAUUAUUCUGUUAUUGUUGAAUGGGGGUGUUUAAAAGCAUUUUUCCCAAAAAGCAACCAGCCAUUCUGCUGAUGGUUGUCAUUUGUGAAGCAGGAAAUGGACCUCUUCUAAGUAGUCCAAAUGGUUCCAACAAUGUAUUGUAUUUUUUUUUAGAUAAUAGCCUUGACACUUCUUUUUACUACUAAAUCUGUGCUCCGUUGGUCUCAGUUGAUACACUGGCCACAAGUUAGGAAAAUGACAUGCAUCCUUAUAAUCCCCAAGUUACCCACUCCCUACUACUGUCAAAUGUUAACUUAUCCCAAGUAUUGUUUCAAAUCUACUUGGAGUAUCCUUGAUAUAAAAUGUGUGUCCUUAAUAUUCUGUGUCUGUGGUAAAAUUUGAGCUUUUGCUGUAUAAUGGCAGCCAGAAGUAAAUUAUAUUUUCUUUUACAAGUUUUAUCGGUAUUUGAAUGUUGCUGAAUAUUACUUUUCCUAUUGGAUUCCAGUUCUCUGACAAAGCUUUUAGCUGUCUCAUUUAUAAGAGAAUUUUAAAAAAAAAAUGUUAACAGUCCUUCAUCCCAAUUUUUAUUUGUUAAAAAACUAAAUAUAUGUUCAACAAGUAAAUUUGAAACCUUAACCUUAAGAUUACAAAAUUUAAUUUUCAAAUCUGAUUCAUACCUUCCUAAAGAGAGCAUUAAAUCAACAUCACUUUCUAAAAAACAAUAAAAAAUUACCUGCUAUUAGAGUCAGUAACAGGAAAGCAUUUUAACGGUCUAUGUGUGUGACAGGAGAUUGUGACAUAUGUGAGAACUGGGUCAGUCGUGACUCACCCUCUACAUCAGCAAAGUAACUUAAUAUGGCCGGGGCUAUGAAAACUUGACAUCUGAACCAUUAUAACUUGCCACUGAGUUAACACUCGAAGAUAGUAACCUUUAGAAGACAAAGUGCUCCUGCUAAAAUUAUUGGUUAGUUAAAUUACAAUGGCAAUUUUUAUGUAGGACUUUCAAAGGAACAGGCAGGAAAUUUUAAUAUUAUUUUUUGGGGGGCAGAAAAAAGGGGGAGGGGGGUGUUGCUUUGUUUUCCCACAUUUAUAACAAAAAAUGUCUACUGAAAUUACAGGUGAAAAUUUCAUUCAUUAAAUUCUACCAGUCAAAUUUUAGAAGUUGAGUGACAUAGUUUUGCCAAGAUCUCUGACUUCUUUGUCCAGUCUGUUUGACCAGUUUGUCACCCCCACUCCCACACUUGAACCUUUACAUGGGGAUGGCCACAUAGACUUGUCAAUGCUCCUCAUGCCAUACCUUGUCCCUUGCCUCACUGGGCUUUGUUGACUAUUUGAUCUCUCCUCACAACCCCCCCCCCCACCUUUUUCCUCUAUAUUUGUCUCCCUGUCUGGUGGCACUGCUUAAGGCUAUCAAAUUAUGCUAUGGUGAGUGGCACAUUGAGUUUUAUGGUUCCCUGUAUGGGGAUGGCCACAUAGGCUUGUCAAUGCUCCUCAUGCCAUACCUUGUCCCUUGCCUCACUGGGCUUUGUUGACUAUUUGAUCUCUCCUCACACCCCCCCCCCCACCUUUUUCCUCUAUAUUUGUCUCCCUGUCUGGUGGCACUGCUUAAGGCUAUCAAAUUAUGCUAUGGUGAGUGGCACAUUGAGUUUUAUGGUUCCAUGUGUAAUCUCUCUCUCUCUCUCACUUUCUUUUGCAUUUAUGAUUUCUUUUUUUAAAGGUACAUACCAAAACAUGUUUGAAGGAGUAGGUAAAGUUUCACAAGAAGAACUUGCCUUGUAUCACCCCCCUGACAUUUCCACUCAUUUUUUUUCUCUCUCUCUUUUUUUUUUUUUACUGUGGGAAUCCCUUUCAUAUGCAUUGUUUUCUGCAUAAAGUGGGACAUUGCCUGUUACUAUUAGUUCUUCUCUUGUUUUUAUGUAUAAUCCAAUCAUCAGAAUAGUGCAGUUAAAAUGUUAUCCUUUUAAAAAUUAUAUUAAAAAAUAAAACUUUAUGUUGUUGAACCGUAACACUUUGUUAGGUUUUACAUUUGAAUGAUGGCUUGAGAAAAUGUAUGUACUCCCUUUAUCCUUGAUUUUUUAAAUAUUUCAUUGUAAUAACAUAAAAUGCUUGCACUAGAGUUUUAUUAUGGAGAAACCAACCAUUGACUAGGGUAGAGUCAUUUCCCCCUAACCUUUACCUGUCAUUGCAAGUGAAAAGGUCAUGGGUGAAUGCCCCUUGUCAAGUUUUAUCUUUUAAAUUCCAGUUUUUUUUUGAUGGGUUGAGACCAUUAUGUCAAAAACCUCUUAGUUACUACUUUCAGUUACUACUUUCACAGUCAAUUCAUCUUGUUCCUUAUUUUUCUCUUUAUUGACUUUAACACCUUUAAGAAAUAUAUCCCCUAACAGGAUUCUGUAAGACAAAAACACUGAUAUUUAUAAUGUAUAGAAAAAGAUCAUCUGCAAUGCACCAUGUAUACUUAAGCAUUAAUUCUUAUUGUUUUUACUUAAUUGAAUUACAUGCUCUCUCCAAUAUAAUAAAUGAGCACUAAAUUUAUUUACAAAUAUGUUAUGCAGUUGUGAUGUUUAGUGCUUUGGUAUGUCUGGUAAGCAAAUGUAGCUCAAAGACUUUGUGGGGAAUGUUUACAGUGCCUGCUCAAACAAUAUCAAUAAUCUUUUGUUCAUUUGAGAGCCUAGUGUUCGCUUGCUCUUCUCUCUGCAAGUUAUAAAAAAUGCCAUUGGACAUAUCUUUUUUUUAUUUUUGAUGUAGAUUUCUUUCAAAUAUAUCAUUCUACAAAUGAGCUAUCUGGUACAUUUUAUUCAUGUUGACAUAUAUUGAGUUUUUAUCGUUUUGUUGAAUUAAAAUUUUAAAAAAUCUGAAAUACUCUUUAUUAUAAAACUAGCAGUGGUAUACUUUAUCUCUCUCUCUAAAUAUAUAUCACUUUGCUCUCUUUAAGUUCAAACAUUGGGUAAUGAAAAUAACUUGUUGCACUAUAAGAAGACCAUCACAGCAUAACUUUGUUACAGCAACCUAAAGUACUAACUGAUCAAUUUCAACAUUUCAUUAACAUUUUGAAACGUAUUUGUACAAUUUCUAUUAAUCAGUUUUAUUAUUCUAGCUAAGGUUUGGUUUAAUUUUGAUUGGGGGUAGGGGGGUGUAUGGUUAAUUUAUUAAUAGAUGACAAACUUUCUUUGGUAUUUAAUUAAAACUCACUAAAGUUGUCUUUAAUGCUUUAGUUUAAAUGUAAAGAUUUAUUAUCAUACCCAUGCUGUUGUUUUUUUUUUAAAUCCUUGAAUCUUUUGUUAGAACAGUAUACAUGGUGUGUACAGUUUUCUUGUCUUGAUCUCACUGCAGGUUUCAACAAGAAGGAUGACAGGCCAAUAGAAGAGAUUAUUCGUGAAAAACUUCUCACAAUUCUAGAGUCUGCUUACCCCAAUGUUUUGUCAGUUGAGGACUUGGUCAGGUAUGACUUCAACACUAGUUGUUAUGAGUAAUUUUAACUAUUUCUGUUCAGUAGUUGAAGACAUUUGAAGUGUUCAGAAUAAUUUCAACAUAUUCUAUUCAAGUGGACUAAAAUUACAUUAAAUGUUUUGCAAUAAUUUUAUUACUGAAACUGAAAAACAAACUAGUACAUCUCUCUUAAAAAAUUGUAUCUAGUAACUUCUUUAAAAGCUAUCUAACAGUUUUUGCCUGCUAAAAGCAUUAUAAAAACUGUAUACUACUUGUAAUUAUGAUCAGUGUCAUAACUAAAUAUGAAUACAUGGAAGAGUAAUUGUUUCCUUCCAGAAUAACAGGAGCAGAUGCUUCACUGGUCACACUUCAGUUACAAGAGCUACAAACCAGACAGCUGAUCUCUCCCAUGGAGAAUGGUGGCUUUGUCAGAAAAGUCUUAGAUGACAAAACAGGUAACGUUAAAUUCAAUCUCUUUCUUUCAUUAACUCAUUACAUCCAGCUUCAAAAUUAAUUUGCUUUUUUAUAAAAAUUUGUGAACUCCCAAUUUUUUUUUGGUGAACUUACAUUUUAAAAAAAAAAUAUUAUUUAGUUUUUUUUUUAAUUUUUAUAAUUUAUAGCAAACUAUAGAAGAUGUAUGUUUUUUAAAAAUUAAAUUAAUUUGUCAAGAAAAUUGAGCAAUGACACAUAAUUUCAAAUUUGUUCCACUUUGUACCUACAGGAAAUAGAUUUAAGGCAAACCAUAGCAACAAAUAUAUUAUAUUUAUCUUAUUUUGAUUAUUGAUAACUGUACUUACUGUGUGUUCUCAUCUCAGAGGUCCAGAUGAUUAAAACCAUGCCUAUGAUUGCUGCCAAUCUUCAGCCUACCAUUGCCAUCAUCACAUAUCAGUACUGUGAAAAGAUGGCGGUAGAUGCAAUGAUGGAAAACAAAACCACAUAUGUCCGCUAUAAAACAGAAGGCAAGUCCAUUUUUAUAUACUACAAAUAGCAGCAUAUCAAGUUACAUGACAUUUUUACUCCCAGUGACUGUUUCUAUUUCUUGUUUCAUUAAAUAUAUUAUUCUUUAAUACUGCUUUUUGCCAUACACCAACAUUCAGGAAUGAAACACAAUGAAAGUUACAAUCUGACGAGUAGAUUUCAAUUUUUAUUUGUAUUUAGUAACCACAAGUAAAACCACAGCUUGAUGUAUUGUAAUGUCUUCUAAUAGCAAGUAAAACUGUAGCUGUACAGGAAUCUACAAAUUCUUUAAUAGCUUGUUGAACUUACACAUUUUCAGCUCAAGUCAUUUUGAACAUGAUGUAUUUGAAUAUUUUUUUUUUCGCUUUCAGGAGAGUCCAAUGUCUACACCACUGGCUUUAUUGGAGAACAUAAAGUGGUGACCACAAAACUACCAGCCAUUGGACAUUUUAGGGCAGCUCAGAUCUCUUCAGGCAACACCACAACAAGAUUGUUAGGUAAACUAAUAUGAAUAAGAUUAUUUUCUUUGGUGAAUUGUUGGUCAACAAGAUGGUUGGAUAAAUGGUUAUUCAACGAGGUUGACAUUUUUUGUGUGAAACAUUCCUGUUUGAUGUUUGUACUGAUCAUUCUAACAGCCCAAUGCAGAUUACAGACCUGUUAACUCAUCAGACCUGUUAACUCUUAAGAAUGUGACGUACAAUGUACGACUUUGAGGUGUAUACGUUAUAUAUGAUGUAUGUUUAUUUUUUACUAUUAAUAUAAGGUAUUGAACGAUUUUGUGAUGAUAUUGUACAAUUUUAAGAGUUUGAGGGUAAACAGGUGUGAUUCAUACGAUUUUGGCUUACAGUGUACGAUUUCUGCUUCAGAGCUGUAUGUUGUAAUUUUGUGACAUAUUUUAUAAGACCUAUUAACCCUUUACAGUCCGAUGCGCCCGAAAUGCGCCCAUUUUUUCCUUAAGCGUACAGUCCGAUGCGGCCAAACCCGCCCGUUUCGAGGUUGUUUACUUUCGUUCUUAGCACAGCGGAAGUCCAUUGCGCAUUAUUAUUUAUAGUUCUACCGGAAGAAAGCCUCGUUGUCGGCAUUUAUUUCGAUACUACUUUGACCGCGGUGUGUUUAGGGGCUGAUUUUCUAGGAUUUUUUUAAAAGUCGCGAUUUUUUCGCUGUAAAAAAUGGCUAUCUAAGCCUUGGAUACACCUUUGAAAGAACUUAGGCCUAAUGAAGCUUCACUAUUUCAUGAGUGGGAGGGUCUCUGAAACUAUUUUUAGGUUUAACUUUUGCUUUAAUAAUUUCUUUGUAUUUAGGUAUUUUUUAUUUUAUUUUGUUGCUUCUAGUUUAUUUUCUGAAAAUUAAUUAGAUAAAGAACCUUCAUUUAAAAUGGAGUUAUGUCCCCUUGCUUGGGCGCUGGGAGUAGACAAGGCUGAAUAGGGUUGGACUGUAAAGGGUUAAGUGGCAUUUGAAUUUUAUUUUUAGAAGUCACUAAGCAGCUGUACAAUUUUAAGACACCAGCCCUCCUCUUCCCCAAUACAGCUUGCGAUAGUUAUUUAACCAUAAUAUGUUAACUGAAAAUAAAAUCAGGCUCCUAGGCGUAAUGCAAGGGUGGGCAGUUCAUGCCCAGCCAUGUUACAUAUUGUGGCUUGCCGGAUUUAUCACAAAUGAACGUAUUCCUUCAUUUAAUUAUUCAUUAUAUUUAUUUUUGGCAUAAAGGCACAUUGUGAAUACAUAGGUCUAUACACCAAUUUUUGUGUCGAUAUGCGCCAUUUCAGUGUAUCCACCUCUUUUUAGACUGAUUAAAAAGAUAGAUUGAAAUAAGUUAUAAACUAUAAAACAAGUUUACUUUUUAGUAACUUCUAAAAUAAAAAGGAUUUAUGUAAACACAGAUCCUUAAGGGGUACUUAAUUUUUCACAAGCAUUAUGAUUAAGUGAAGAAUGAUGCAUCAACAUUUUCAGGUAUAGGCAAAAGUGCAUCACUGGAUUUUGAAUUUAUAAAAAUAUUUCUGGGAAUGGGCUCAGCCUCCUUCCAAACCUCACCCACAUUUUUGCUCCGGUUGCGGGCCCCUUCAAUUUCAGCUCCCCAGCACAAAUGACAGGCCCCUUUUUAUUUGCAAUGAUACACCAUACAUAAAUAUAUAAACGUCAGACAUCUACUUUGAGAUAUUACCUUAAUUUGACAUUAGAUGCGAAUUUACUAUUACCAUACAGUAUUGUAAGAUUUUGAGAUGGUAAAUUACUAUGAUGAGACUUUAUUGUACUAUAUUUGAGAUUUCCAGUUAAGUAGGUCUGAUAUUACUUUUUUUUCUGUCUACUUGUUCUGGUGUUGAAACAGUUUGAGAAUUUCUUAUUAUUAUUUUUAGGUACGUUCCAGGCUAUUGAACAUGUGUUUUUAGUUGGCUGUGCUGGCAGUGUCCCCCACUUCACAGACUACUACAAACAUGGACGUCUAGGGGACGUUGUAAUAUCCACAUGUGAUGACAAGGGAUACAUCUAUUACUACUGUGACAAGAUCUUACAGGACAAGAAAGGGGAGGUAAGCACAUUUAAUGAGUCAUUCAGAUGAGGAUUUGACCAGAAAAGGUUGAUUUAUCUGAAGAACUUAUCUGAAAAAAAGACACCCCCUCCCCCCCCAAGUGUCACUUUUGUUGUGACUAAAAUGUAGUAUGAGAGUACGAUCAUUGAUGCCUCUCUUUUUGUCUGCAAAAUUACCAUUUUCAAUAUUGAUUCAAACUGAUGGAAAAGUUUCAUGCAUCAAAUUCUUUAAGCGAUGGCAUGAAUUAAAUUAUUUUUAAAAAGUGCUUGAGAUUUCUGAAAAAUGAACAAGAAAAAAUUCAUUCAAACGUAUUAUUAUUAUUAUUAUAAUUUUUAGAUAUGUUUUUAAUCCUCUCUCCACUAUUGCUGUUAACCACAAAUAGAUUUGGAAUCUUGAAGAAAUCAGAUAAAAUUAAGUUUGACAAUUAUCAUUCAGGUUCAGUACCAGUUGAAAACAUGGGCACCCCGAGAUCUGGAACUGCAAAAAAUUGCUGAUAAACUCAAAGAAACUCUUCAAGUGGACCCAAGCUACGCUCCCUGGGAACAGUUUAUUGCUGAAGGGCAAGAGCUUUUAGCAUCACAAGAGCAGGACUACACUCGUCCACCUAGGUCUAGUGACAGAUUGUACAUGGGCAUUGGAGAAGGCCAGGUAUGUUAACAUAACUGAAAGCUGUUGUUUCAAAACCGCUGGCACAAAAGUAUUUUAACCCAUUAUUUAAAUAUUUUUUUAUUUUAAUGAGAAGAUAUUUUCUUCUCCUGUUACUAGUGUUUAGCUUCCAAUGCUCAAGCAUACGUUUAGGGUGCUAUCAGUUCCAGAGGUUCACCUUAAACAUACACUGAAGUGUACUACAAAAGUUGAAUUUAUUUUUAGGUCAUUGAAGUCCAGCAUCCUGAAAACCCUGAUGGUACGGAGACAAGAACUGAUAUACCUGUCAUCAGAUUUGGUGUGUUGGGAGCUGGCAGGCCUGUAAAGACAGAAAUGUCUCGACACGACUUUGCAUCCCGUUAUGGCAUCCAGUCAUUUGACACAGACUUUGAUCAGGUAAAUCAUAGGCACCGUACAUUUUAAAAUAAUUUUGCUUCAUUUAUUAAUUGAAACAAAAUUUGUAUUCAGAAAAAGAAAUGGACUGUUUCUUUUAAUUGCAAGGUUUCCACAGCCUCCUGAAAUUCCAGGAGCUCCUGGAAAUCUCCUGGAAUUUGAACAAAAUUGAUAAAAUCCUGUAAAACUCCUUAAAUUUUAAAAUUUCUCCUUAAAUGUCCUGAAAUUUUCAUUUCCAAAGGAGGGGUAAACAAAAAUCUUGAGUGCGCUAGUUAUUUUAUUUAAUUUUUGUCUAUUUAACUCGUAGUCUAUUUUUAGCCCUUCUGUUAUCAAAACCAGUUUGCUAUAAUAAUUCUAGUGGUUUCCCCUUAACUGCACAUGCGCUUUACGCGUUUCGGAUAUGAAAUCUUGUACCGUAAUGCUUUGAUAGACCAGAAUUUUUUUGUCCUGUUCAGUUCGCGGUUCAACUGAUUUUUUGGGUAAGUAUUGUGUAAAAUACAGUAAAUGGAUAUAAUUUAAAUGUAGUUUUUUUUUUUAAAUAUUCAGUUAACUAUUAUGAAUAGAAAACUACGCACCCGAUCGCUGUAUAAAUUGACUAAGCCGACUAAGCUUAGUCUAAAAUUGUAGGUUGUCCAAACUGGAGAAAAAAAAGUGUUUGUUUAGGGUCAUUUUUUUUUUAAGUCAAAGUUUUCAACAACAAAAAAUAAUUAAUCCACUUAUAGUGGUAAUGUUAAAGAUUUAGAGAUUUUUUUUAAAAAGUGUUUGCUUGGUGGUGACCCAUUCCACUGUUUAAAAUCCGGACUAAGCAAUUACAUUUGAAUAUGCCUAUUUUAGUUUCUCUUCUGCCUCUGUAUUAUUAGUUAAGUAACAGUGUAAUAUAGUUUAUAUUAUGUUAACUCUAUUAUAGACCUAAUAUGAAAAUAUAUUAAUUAUUUUUUUGUUUCACUAUUUAGGGUCUAGGGUAAAUAAAAUAAUGCCCAACAGUUCCUUUGAAGACUGAUGGUUAAGAUAGCAAUCCUGAUAGCAUAAGUGCUACUCUACACUAGAAAUUUACUCUGAACUGAGUUCAUCCCAAGCUAGUGGACUAGAGUUCAAUCCCCAGAAAAUGCCCAGACAAGCAAAAAUAUCACCAACAUGCCGGGUAGAUGGGACUCGUUAAUCUUGAAUGGCAUCUCAUCUUAGAGAAAGCAAACUCUGAAAUCAAACCCGGAGACGGAGUCCCAUAGGCCUUAUGACAUUGACACAAUGAAAAUUCCGACAAACUCCUAUGAUGUAGAAGCAUAAAGAGCAUAGUGAAACACACACACUCGCUGCUGGUAAUCUACUUCAUCCUGGUCUAUAUCCAGUUGUCUUGACUAAUCUUGCCAUUGAAUCAAAUAGGCAAGCACAAGAGAGUAGUUCUGACAAAUUAAAAAAUCGUCCCUAAAUUUAAACAAAAUACAACUCACGUCAAGGCUACUGUUCCAGGCUUAGUGAUCUUCAUGUGUACAGGACGAAGAACAAUACUGGAAAUAUGGAUAUCAAGUAUAUUUGCAGGACAGCUCUCGGAUGACAUGAAAAUUAGGGGAAAAUGAUUAAUAAACGUCAAUCAUCUGAGAUUUCCUCUAGUUCAACUUCAGUUUUUUUACCUACCUCGGAUGUCCACUUUUGCAACGUCUUAAUCAAGCUCCCAAGUUAUGUGUAUCUUUGGAAAUAAAUACGACUUACUUGUUAUUGAAAUGGAUUAUUUUAUUAGUUGUUUUUUGUCAAACAUCAGGUACUUCUUAUCAGAAAAAGUUACUCAAUUGCGUGUGAACUAGGGACCAGAGUAUCUAUACCGGUACAUCCUUAAAUCAAAUAAUUUCUUUAACAUUAGCAUUCCUGAGAGUAAGAACCGUCACUAUAUAAGUGCAUUUAUGUCCUGCUACUACAAAAAAUUUGUAUAAACGUACAGGGUCUUUUGUAAAAUUAUUGUUUAAAUGUCCUGGGAUUUUAUAUUUUAUCAUGGAAAAGUCCUGGAAUUUUUUUUUUUUAGAUUUGGUGCAGGAACCCUGUAAUUGGGUUUAUUGCCCAUCCAAAAACUCAAUAAUUUAGUUUUCUUACUUGUAUCAGACUUAUCAUUCAACAUUAGUUUUUGUGAAAAAAGAAAUUACUUAAAAAGAACAUAAAAAUUAAACCAUGCUCAUGUAGUACAUAUCAAAGCAACCGUUUUGGGACAAAAACCCCAAAAAUACACUAGAUUCUCGCUGGAAAUCAAGAAUAGAAAUUGUUAAAUUUUAUUUGAAGUGUCUAAUAAUAGUCAUUCUCCUUCAGGUAUUGGACAGUAUUGUGGGCAACCGCAAAGACAGCUUCAUGUUUAUUAGGGGCCUUGCAGACUACGUGGAUGGCACCAGAAACAAAGAAUGGCAGCCGUAUGCUGCUCUAGCUGCCGCAUCUGUGACCAAAGCUCUCAUCAUGUCCCUACACAAUGCACAGCUGGAUGACCUCUAAACAGUACUACAGGCAUUUUAUGGAAAAUAUUGCUUUUACAAUUAAUAUAUAGGAAAUAAAUUCUACUAGAUUGAACUGGCUUAAAAUGAGCUUGUCUAUAUAAAAUGGGUCCAUUGCUUUGAGGAGUAAACUGCAUGUGAUUGUUAUAGUUAGAAAUGAUGUUUGUUACUAGGCUGAAAUUCUUUAAGUCCUCUUGACUACAUCUCUAGUAUAAUCAAAUAUUAUCUCGUUUUUUUUUUUCCUUUCAAUAUGUUGAUAUUUUCUGUCUGUGGAGGCUGCAGGAUAAGAAACUCAAAUAGAUAUCCAUUUGCAUAAUAGAAGUCAUAGAAACACUUCAAUUUUUAAGAAAGAUUGAAGUAAAAAUUAAAAUUAAUUGCUAAAAUCUUUGUGAUGAUGGAAAAACUGAAUGUAUUUUAACAUGUUGUUGACAUUUUUUGGUGAAAAUUACACUUGUUCAUUCCUUUCAGAUUUGACCAAUCAAUUUUUCAUUAGCAGACAAUGAUUCUGUCAUGUGAAUUACUGUAUGGUGGCAUAAAAACAUAAGAUUCUCAAAAAAAAAUUAGACUGGCUAAAUGAAAUUAAUAUUUUAAAAGAAAUUUGGACCAGGGUGUUACCCUUGCCCCCAGGGGUGCUAAUAGCUUAUGUAGGUCAUAUUGUGAAAAGAUAAUCUCAGGUGAUAUGCAAUGUUCCCUUUAAGCUAAGCGGCUGCGCGGCCGCGCGGUAAUCUCACAGACGCCACACAGCAGUUUUGAGUACCGUGCAGCUAAUUUCCACUUAAGUUUGUGUCUGUAGGCUGUAAAAUUUUGCGCACAAAAAAAUUGAUGCUGUAAAAAUUUGCACACAACUUUAUGAUUUUGCACACGAACCAACAAAGCUUAGAGGGAACAUUGGUGAUAUGACUGUAUGGUGUUACUUACAGCAAUUAAAGCACAGGACAAGACCAGCACAGCAUUUCUACUUACCACUAUGACAUGGUUCAUUGGUUCACACAAGCAACUCACACACUGAGCACAUUCUUACAUGUUUCUUCCUUACUUGUUACCAUAUGUUGAAUAUAUGCCAAUGCAAGCCUUCUUUUGUUAUACCUUGUCAGAUGUUGGUAUGAUCAGGCCACUAAAACAUUUCAUUUGUUUUCCUCUAAGGCAGGGAUUCCUACAAUUUUACUUCCUUGCUUCCCAAAAAUGCAGACUUUCUUUUUUUUUUCAUUAUUAUUAUUAUUUAGGCAUUUUUGUAUAGCGCUUACCUUACAGCUCUAAGCACUUUACAAUUAUUAAAAAUAUGUAAACUAUUUAAACUGCUAAAGUAAAAUAAAAAUGAAAAACCAGAGACACUAGAAUAGUAACUACAAUGCGAAAAAUGACUAUAGAAACAGUAGCUAAAACAUUAAAAUGGCUAUAAAAACAAGUACUCUUGGGACGUAUUGGCAUUUACUUAAAUACAGGAUCAACCCAGCAUAAACAUGGGGUUUAAGGUUUUGUAGGCAUUGAAUGCUGUUAAAAGAAGUAAGUCUAACUCUGGGUUUUAGAGGAGGUUCUAAGCAAAAGCAGUCAUAGUUUUUUUUCAUUUUCAGAAAGAAAAGUUGUUUUUCCCUGAAAAUUUGUAAUUUAAAAAUAAUUUUAAAAAUACUUUAUUUUUGUUUGUCACAAUAUUUAUUUGGUGCCAAGAUUAGCUCAAGGAAUUCAUCAAUUUAAUAAAAAUCAAAAGUUGAAAUGAUCUAACCUAUGGAAUAUUCCAAUCUUUUGGACGCUACAUUAUUUCUCUGCGUGUGUUCGUGAACUGGGCUUUAUGCUAAAGAGGUCAUUCAUUUUUAGAACUGAAAGCCUUUAUUCUAGAAAUGCUUAAUGUUUGUAAGUUAAUGAUGAGAGAUUUGAUUUUAAUGUCAUAGUUUUUUUUGUGUGGUUCUCUAUGAGAUUUUCUUUGUUAAUUUGUUGGUGAUUGGAUCAAAUGCUUGUAAAUUAUCUUUGUAGAAUGUUGAUUGUGAACAAUCCUAGUCUCUAAAGUGAAAGCUACAUAAAGCAACUCAAUACUUCAAUCGCUGCCUGCAAUACUGACCACUAUUUUAUUGGAUCUAUCGCAUGUAACAUUGUGCACAUCAUCAAGCUGUUGUUAUUCUCCAAUACCUACUCAUAACAUCAGUAUUUUAUAACACUGAACUACAGCCUUCUGGUGUUGGAGUGAGCUACUGUUGUUUUGGUUUAUAAGUAAGGAGAAUUUUCUCCUUCCAGUGGUGGUAAUCAUUGAGAAAUUUACUUCAUAACUUGUUCAAGCCCAUCAAUUAUAACUUGGAUAGUCAAGGUUCACUGUGUAUGAAUGUUUGAGUUCCUCCAGGUCACAAUGUAAUCCAUGGUUCUAUGUAAUAGGCUCCUUUAUAUUAGCGCAUAGAGAUGUAAAUAUCGCUGUAUAUGUUUCUUUUUUUGUUUAUUUAUACAUACUUAUCUAUAGCAAGAACCUUUAGCAACUCUCUCUACCACUGUACCAAUACUAACACAAUUUUCAUUUUACUCCCUAUCGGUGCUGUAUCAUAAUAUGUUUAUGUUAAUUGUUAUGUUAGUACUUUCAACUGGAAGCUUUUUUUUUUCCUUUCAUAUAUUCUGCAAACUACAAUCUUUUAUGUAUGUAUAUAAUCAUUCACUAUCCAGAUUUAUAACUAAUGAUUCAUAGCUUAGUUAAAUGCAUAAAUAUGUAUGUACUAUUUAUGGGAAGUAGUUGAUGGUAACUAAAAAGUUACUGUAUUUGAGUAAUAUUUGCCCUCCAACUACUCACACACGGAUAAGUUCAUAUAUCCAUCCAAUAACUCAUAAAUGGAUAGUGUGGCUCAUCCUUCCAAUGACUUCUGCAUGACAUUAGAAAUUAUGACCACUAAGGAGUGUGAUCAGCUUUAACAGGGCUGAUAUUGUUUCCUUCAUACCCUGUUGUUUGUAUGGCAAGAGAUGUUGACAUCAUAUAACAUUGGCCUUGUUUAUGUUAUUUUUGUUGUUUAGUUUUUCAAAUUGAUUUCUCAUGGGUUUUUUUUUUUUAAGCGUGAUAAUCUAAUUUUACUAUUUGACAAUAUUUUUUAAAUGAAAGGAACAACAAGAGCUGGACCCCAGUUCUGCAUUAACCAACUAACAUGAUCAAUAUGUUUCCAUCACAACAACCAGCCAAUAGCACAGCCAUUCUCGGUGUGUUGAUAUUUACUGACAAGGGCAAUUCAGUGGGUUGUCUCAGUUCAUCAAGGCCGGUAUGUUAAAAUGUUUUGUAGCUGUGUUAAUGGGAGAAUUCGGCCAGACCAAACCAGUAUUUAAGUGCAAUGUCUAUACUGUAUCCCAACUUCAAAAGUUUUUUCCCCUGACAAGGGAAAUAGAUUCCCUUUAAGAUACCGGUACUAACAUAAUCCUCAUCAGCAGAUUUUACCACUGGCGGGGUAAAUGAAACAAACUUUAAAAUACAUAUUCCUCAUGUAUGGCAUUUUGAACAUUGAUUCUGAUUUUACUAAGUCAAAUUGUUUACUAACACAUAAAGUGAACCAGACCUGGUCAAAAUGAGGUUACAUUAUCAAGACCCUAUGAGAAGUCAGACAGCUCUAUGACAUCAGCUUGUCUAGGCUUGUUUGAGAAGUUGUCCAUAUUGUUCCACUGCUGUCUUUAUUUACUUAGCUUUAUCAUAAAAUUAGGAUUGUUUUUUUAAAUGUGUGAUAGGACAGGAAGAGUGUAUUGUCAAAGUUCUUUUAAUUUUAAGCUGUCUCUUAGCUUUGUCACUGGUUUAUGUUGCAUUGUUGUUGUUUUUACAUUCUCAAUAAUUGAGAAAAUAUAUGUCAAAUACAGCUAGUGAACUUCUUGAUGUAGCAAAAGUGAUGUAAGAAAAGUGAUAUUCAAACAAUAUUCCAUUGACCUACAUCUGUGACUGAUUUAAACAUUUUUUGUUGACAUUAUUCACUAGUGAUUAUAGUUUGUACAAAAUUGCCUCU